CCCCGGGUCCAGAGCAGAGGGCAAAAAGCACACUCUUUAUUUUUCACAAACGCUGCUUGUGUUCGGACCGGCACUCUCUGUAGUAACUGAAGAAGCAGGUUAGGACAAGCUUGGCUGGUCAUGGAGAGGGGAAAGAGCCAGUGGUACAACCAGGAUGCUGCAGACCCUCCUCGGGCAAGGGAUGGGGCGAGCUACCCGGUGGAGAGUGGAGGACUGUCGGUGAAGAAGGGGAGUAAGAGCAAGAAUUUGGAGAAGACUAGGAGAGCCCUCAGUCUGGAGGAGGCCCAACUGGAGCUCCAGCAGCAGAGCAGGAACCUCACCAGACAAGCCCCUGUCAGGUCUCAGACAUUCGAUGUGGAUAGAAGUUUUGAGAGGACUGAAGGCAGCGGUUCACAAAGUAGUUUUAUAAAGCACAACAAAACAUUCCACAAGCUGUUUCCUGACAUUCCGGAGAGUGAAGACUUACUACAUGCCUACAUCUGUGCCCUGCAGAAGGAAGUGCCCUACCAUGGCAGGCUCUACGUCACCGAGCACCACGCAUGCUUCCACUCUUCCGUGCUGCUCAAGGACACCAAGUUGGUGAUCCCGGUGACCAGCGUGCACAUUAUGAAGAAGCAGAACACCGCCCUGCUGGUGCCCAAUGCCCUGUCUAUCCGCACCAUCGAGGGAGAAAAGUACCUGUUUGUGUCUUUGCGGAACCGAGAGGCAUGCUACAAACUCCUGCGGUCCGUUUGUCCUCAACUGGAGGAUGGAAGUGCCAACAGCAGCACCUUAUUCUCUUCUGCGGACAAUAGCUUUGAUAAGGGCAAGCUGGUGAACUCCAGUCAGUCCAGUGUAGAGGACAGUUUUGACCAGCUGGACGGGUCAGAACCCAAGCUCUUCCUUGACUCGCCCCCACCCAGCCCACACAUAGAUCUAGUGCCUCAAGGGAGCAGCUGCAGCCCUAGGAGCACGCACACGCAGCAGAGUGACAGCUCCUUAGAGGACCUUUCAGGUGGCUCGUGGGUGUGGAGUGUGACGGAGAAAGCCCGCUCCAUCCUCAUCCAGAGAGAGGCCAGCAGCCUCAACACUCUCCUCUUCAUCUACCUAAUACUGGUGGUACUACUGCUGCUAUCAUCGGGGUACAUCGGCCUCCGUAUUGUGGCUCUGGAGGAGCAGUUGACCUCUCUGGGCGCCCUCCCAGAAUUCUCCCUACAGAGCAGGUACAAAGACACAUAACCAUGAUUGACCAGAGGAGAGCUUGACGACGUUUGGAGGACGUGACAAUAUGGCGCCAGUGAAAAAUUACAACUGGAGCUCUCGUGUUGAAGAUAUUUUGUCUUCGUCCUAGAAGAACUAGGAGCAAUUUUGAAAGUGUUCCAGAGAUGGCCCGUCGUCCCCUUGCCUAUAGGACUUGUAGGAGCACCUCCCCAAAGACAGACGGGUAAACUCAAAGAGCUAUAUUUAAGAGGGCUAGACCCAGGCCAGCCACAUCUCGCAGCAAGCGGAGCCAAGCCAACACAUACGCACACAAAUGAGCUGCUGUGUGUCUGACUUGGACCCAAAGCCAACUCCCGAACUAAGAAUAAACUGAAGAGGGGAGGCAAUAGUCAUCUCUAUCUGCUCUCAGAUCGGAUUGACAAGAAGCGAUUUCUCUGAUUUUCCAGAGAACUCUGGAACAUGCGUGCGCUUCCAUUCUAUGUAUUCUCUUCAUGGGCAUGUGGUCUGUGCAGACUACCCGUAUCAACUGUAGUACUACGUUUUGCUUUUUUUAACACUUCCCGUAAGGUACAAGUGCUAUGCAGAACCAAAGAUGCACAAAGUGCACGUCUUUCGCAUGAGUGCACAGAGAUUACUUUGAUCAUUUAGCUCCUAUCUCAGCAUUUCAUCAGGGUGUUAAAAGUCAAUCUGUAUUUAAUCUUUCACUACUAAGCCAUCUGCGGGUACUCUUGAAUGAUUAUCCUGGUAAUCAGCCAUAAUGAUAACAAUUAAUGAUCUUCUCUUACACGGAUCAGCCAGCCGAGCAGCCAUUUUGAGCUCCUGACGGUCUCUUCCUCUCCUCUCUUUAAAGAUCAGCUGUGUUAAGCCUGGCAUUCGCAUGAUUUAAACCAGUUUAAUGACCAAUGCUUUGGAGGCCACUCCCUCCAGUCUCACUGGAUGUAUGCAUCUUCAAUGCACAAAACCAGUACGAUCAGGUUAAGGAGUGUUGUCACUUUUGUAGCCGUAGAAAUUUUCAACUAUUUAUUUUCAUAUUACUUUGAUCAUCAAAGUAGUUUUUGAUAUAGUAAUCUGAACAAGACAACAGUAUUGGUAUAUCUGAGGACUUCUGUACUGUAUAGAAUGAACUGAUGCUGUGUAAAAGCAAAGAAUCAAACCUCUGUUCUCAACAGGCCUGUCAAUGACUAAACGCUUGUUCCCACUGGUUCAGGUGUUUCAGGACUGUUCAAUGGAUAUUUAGAUUAAGAUGAGAGUAAGCUGCGCCAUACUGUAUUGUAUAUUAUUGCAUGUGUCUGGAACAUCAGAUACUUGACUGAUAUAUUAUGCACAUUCUAAUCAAGCGACGUUGUUACGGAGGUCCUAUUUCCAACAAAGGAAAUAAAUGUGGUCCAGAAAAUGAAUUUCAAUAUGCAAAAAAUAUGCAGGCUAAAAAUAAAUUGGCAAACCUGUAGUUUUUUUUUUUUUUUAAUGGAGUGUGUGGUUGGGGUGAGGAAAUUAUUUGUAAAAAAUAAAUAAAGCUCGUGAGCGAGCAAGCGCACUUUAAAAGUUGUGAACCUGUCAAUCCAAAGACAUCACAUUUGACAGAUGGUGGGGAAGCAGAUGUUUUGUUCUAUAGUAUGUGAUGGUGCUAAGAUCUUUGUUCUUCUCAGGGGUGGGUGUAACCUGCCACAGUUUCAGGUUCACUGCUUUUCCUUCGCCAUUUCACGUCCUUGUCCACCGACGAGAUAAUGCUCUCUACUUUUAAUUGAGAAUCACUUUGUAACUUUGCAAUAUGUCAGUCUCUGUGAUUUGUUUUAACUUAUCUAGUGACAUGGAAUGAUUGCUUUUUCUUUCUCAUGUUUUUCAACUUUUUUUUUAUUUUUAUUGAAACAUUUCUCUAUUGACGAGACAUGAAAUGCAUUGAAGUGACGUCUUAUGUCCUAUGUUAUUAUGAUUGGGUAUUUGUAGGCAGGUGUUGGCCUCAAAGAUGUAUGCCUACAUGCCAUAAAGCAGUACUGUCAGUUACUGUACUUCCCCCACCAGGGGACAGCACACGUCUUCUUCAAAUGGACGCAAUGCAAGAAUCGCAAUGAGUGCAGUAUUUUGUGUGAUUUUGCACUAUUGAAGUGUUGUACUUUUUUGUAUCAAUUGUAAUGUCCUUAAUUCUACUAUGGUCAUGUAUUUAUUUGCAUUCUGUGUAAUUCAAGGUAGUUGUCUCUGUGAGAUUUUACUUUGGUAUUGUUAAAUAAAUCAAAUGUUGCAAGAAGUA